AUGUUACAUUCAAUCCCCAACCUCAGCAACUACGGAAUAUCUCCAGAUUAUGGAUUUCUUCCGGCUGAUUUACCUCUCGAACGACUUCCUGAUCCAUAUUACAAUAAAUGGGAGGCGAUCAUUGCAAACCUUCAAGGUUUGAUCUUGAGCAAACGCUUGCGUGGUGUCAUUGAUCGUCUUCCUGUUCUUUCCACUGCCGGUCUGGAACAUGAUUCGGAAUGGCGAAGAGCAUAUUCGUUGUUAUGUUUCAUGGCGCAUAGCUAUAUCUGGGGUGGUGAUAGCCCCGAAGAGAACCUGCCGCCAUCCAUCACAGUCCCUCUUUUACACAUUUCGAAAUACUUGGAAGUACCACCAGUCGCCACAUAUGCUGCCGUCUGUCUUUGGAACUUCAAGCCGUUGUUCGCAGACGAGCAUGUUGACAACUUGGAGAAUCUUGCCACCCUAACGACAUUUACUGGCUCUAUCGACGAGUCUUGGUUUUAUUUGGUCUCGGUGGCAAUUGAGGCUCGAGCUGCUCCCGUUCUUCCCCUCAUGCUUACAGCGAUUGAGGCGGCUCGUAAGAAUGAUAGCAGGACUAUCACUUCUUGUCUACGAACUUUUGCGGAGAGGAUCGAUGAUCUUGGAACACUUCUUCAACGCAUGCAUGAAAGCUGCGAUCCUCAUGUGUUCUAUAAUCGAAUUCGUCCUUUCCUUGCUGGUAGUAAGAACAUGGAAGAAGCUGGGUUACCAAAUGGGGUCUUUUACGAUGAGGGUAAUGGGGUUGGGCAAUAUCGUCAGCUCUCCGGCGGCAGCAAUGCCCAGAGCUCUAUUCUUCAAUUCUUCGACAUCGUUCUAGGCAUAGAGCAUCGUCCUACUGGUGAAAAGAAGGACGCCGCAUCCGAGAGCGAAGCCGAAGGUGGCGCACCACGAACCAAGCAUAAUUUUCUUCUCGAGAUGCGAAAAUAUAUGCCAGGAGCUCAUCGACGAUUCCUCGAAGACAUGACCGUCGUGGCCAACAUUCGUGAUUAUGUUGAAGCGCAUACCGACAACCAUGAAUUAUGCCUCGCUUACGAUGCUUGUCUUGCCAUGUUACGCACUUUCCGCGAUAAACACAUCGCCAUUGUCACUCGUUACAUUGUUAUCAAAUCCCGCGAAUCGCGCUCUCAUUCUCGUUCCAUGAGUCCCGAGGCAAAUCGUAGCCGAAAAGUAGAUAUUGCGACGGCCUCUCGCGGAAAAGGCGAUGAAGAGGAGAAGAAGAAGAAAUUGAAAGGUACGGGCGGUACGGCGCUUAUUCCUUUCUUGAAGCAAGCGAGGGAUGAGACAGGAGAACCGACUAUCGAUAGCUGGGCAAGAAGACUUAUGAAUAGAGAUUUGGAUACAAAGGGAAAGGGUGAUUUCUUCGUGGGAAAGUUAGAUGAACGCAUUGAUGGGGGGUUGGAGCUGGGUGGAUUGGCGGGGACAUGGACUUUGGAUGAGGAAGUCGGGGGAUUAUGUCAUUAUUAG